UUCUAGAGAUGGACUUGGGCAGGAGGAACCCCCAAGCCAACGCGCUCAGCCCUUGUUUUCCCCCCAUCAGGAUUUGUCCUUCCCAAAGCUUGGGCGGAUGGAGGAGGAGGCUGCGAGGAAGAGGAAGAUGCCUUGGGCCCCCCAGGCAGGCCCCGAGCUGAGGAUGGAGAGCCCGGAGGACAAAUCCCCCCGUGAGACCCUGGUGGGAGAGGCCGUUUUGAAGGGCUCCCCGGCGCAGGAAGGCAGCGGGGAGGAAAAGGGCCGGAGAUCCCCCCGCAGGAGGGGCUCCAAAGCCAUCCCAGGGUGCUCUGAGGAGGAAAGAGCCAGCCUGUGCCAGGAAGGCAGACAGAGCUUCCGCAGGACCUCUGACCUCGUAGUCCAGAGGCAACCUCCCUCUAGAAAAAAGCCCUUCAAGUGCUUGGAAUGUGGGAAGAGUUUCAGGAGGAGCUUCCACCUGAUACGACACCAGCAGAUCCACACAGGGGAACAGCCCUACACGUGUGGGGAGUGUGGGAAGAGCUUCAGGGACAGCUCUGAUCUCCUCACGCACCAGCGCAUCCACACUGGGGAACGGCCCUACAAGUGCUUGGAGUGUGGAAAGGGGUUUCACACCAGCUCCAGUCUCCUCAGGCACCAGCAGACGCACACGGAUGAGAGGCCCUUCCGCUGCACCGACUGUGGGAAGGACUUCAUCCAGAACUCCGACCUCGUCACCCACCGGCGCAUUCACACAGGGGAGAGGCCCUACAAGUGCUUGGAAUGUGGAAAGAGGUUUCAGACCAGCUCCAGUCUCCUCCUGCACCAGCGGACGCACACGGAUGAGAGGCCCUUCCGCUGCACCGACUGCGGGAAGGGCUUCAAGCAGAACUCCAACCUCGUCACCCACCGGCGCAUCCACACCGGGGAAAGGCCCUACAAGUGUGGGGAGUGUGGGAAGAGCUUCACCGACAGCUCUAAUUUGACCAAACACCAGCGGACCCACCGCAGGGAGAAGCCCUUCAGAUGCUUGGAAUGUGGGAAGAGCUUCAGGAAGAGCUCCCACCUGCUCCAACACCAGCACAUUCACACUGGGGAACGGCCCUACACGUGUGGGGAAUGCGGGAAGAGCUUCAGGAGCAGCUCUCACCUGAUCCGGCACAAGCAAAUUCACACUGGAGAACGACCCUACCUGUGUGGGGAAUGUGGGAAGAGCUUCAACCGGAGCUCCCACCUGAUCCGGCACCAACGCAUCCACACUGGGGAACGGCCCUUUACAUGUGGGGAUUGUGGGAAGAGCUUCAAUGACAGCUCCACCCUCCGCACCCACCAACGCAUCCACACUGGGGAACGGCCCUACACGUGUGGGGAAUGUGGGAAGAGCUUCAGUCAGAGCUCCAAUCUCCGCACCCACCAGCUCAUCCACACUGGGGAACGACCGUACAAGUGCUCGGAAUGUGGGAAGAGGUUUCAGACCAGCUCACAUCUCCUCCUGCACCAGCGGACACACACUGAUGAGAGGCCCUUCCACUGCACUGACUGCGGGAAGGGCUUCAACCGGAACGGCAACCUCGUCACCCACCGGCGCAUCCACACCGGGGAGAGGCCCUACAAGUGUGGGGAGUGUGGGAAGAGCUUCCCCCACAGCUCUACCUUGACCUCACACCAACGGACCCACCACAGGGAGAAGCCCUUCAGGUGCUUGGAAUGUGGGAAGAGCUUCACCCACAGCUCUAGCCUAAUCCGCCACCAGAAAAUCCACACUGGGGAAUGGCCCUACUCAUGUGGGGAAUGUGGGAAAAGCUUCAGGAACAGCUCCAACCUGAUCCAGCACCAGCACAUCAACACUGGGGAACGGCCCUACACAUGUGGAGAAUGUGGGAAGAGCUUCAGCCGGAGCUCCACCCUCUCCACCCACAAGCGCAUCCACACUGGGAAACAGCCCUAUGCGUGUGGGGAAUGUGGGAAGGGCUUCUGGCACAACUCCAGCCUCCACAUCCACCAGCUCAUCCACACCGGAGAACGACCCUACAAGUGCUCGGAAUGUGGGAAGGGGUUUCAGACCAGCUCCACUCUCCUCAGGCAUGAGCAGACACACACGGAUGAGAGGCCCUUCCGCUGCACUGACUGCGGGAAGGGCUUCAAGCAGAACUCCCACCUCGUCACCCACCGGCACAUCCACACCGGGGAGAGGCCCUACAAGUGUGGGGAGUGUGGGAAGAGCUUUACCCAGAACUCUACCUUGACCAAACACCAACGGACCCACCGGUAAGAGAAACCCUACCAGUGCCCCACCUGCAGGAAGAGCUUCGGCCGCUGCUUCCACCCCAAUGAACCCUUUGAUGGUGAGGCAACCCCUGGAGUCCAGUGACUGUCAGUCCAUCCCUUUCGACCACAAAGGGCCAGUCCCCUUUCCCAGGGGCAGCUUCUUCCAACAGAUCCCUUCUUGGGGGGUGUGUGGAGAUUCCUGCCUUGGCUGGGGACCCCCCAAGGUCAGUUCUGGAGGUUGAGAGCAGAGAUCUCCCCACGAGCGUUGGUCUGGGGGAGUUCCAUCCAUCUCUAAUUAAGAAUUAUUGCUUUUGUGCCAGCUUGAGUAGAAUUGCUUCAACAAUUGCUUUAGUGUAGAGCACUGUCCUGUCUUAUCCUGUACUCC